AGCUCGCAGUUCCAGGCUUUGGUUGCUGCAUCCUUGGCUGGCGUCAGAAAAAUGGCUACAAACUUCCUAGUGCACGAGAAGAUCUGGUUUGACAAGUUCAAAUAUGACAAUGCGGAGAGGAAAUUCUAUGAGCAGAUGAAUGGGCCUGUGGCUGCAGGCUCCCGCCAGGAGAAUGGUGCCAGCGUGAUCCUCCGUGACAUUGCAAGAGCCAGAGAGAACAUCCAGAAAUCCCUGGCCGGAAGCUCAGGCCCUGGGGCCUCCAAUGGACCUGCUGGAGAUCAUAGUGAGCUCAUUGUACGGAUUGCCAGCCUGCAAGUGGAGAACCAGAACCUUCGAGGCGUGGUGCAAGAUCUGCAGCAGACCAUUUCCAAGUUGGAGGCCCGGCUGAGCACUCUGGAGAAGAGUUCACCUACUCACAGAGCCACAGCCCCCCAGACCCAGCAUGUGUCUCCUAUGCGUCAAGUGGAGCCCCCAACCAAGAAGGCCGCCACACCAGCAGAGGACGAUGAGGACAAUGACAUUGACCUGUUCGGCAGUAAUGAGGAGGAAGAAGACAAGGAGGCGGCCCGACUACGGGAGGAGAGGCUUCGGCAGUACGCAGAGAAGAAAGCCAAGAAGCCCUCACUAGUGGCCAAAUCCUCUAUCCUCUUGGAUGUCAAACCUUGGGAUGAUGAGACAGACAUGGCCCAGCUGGAGGCUUGUGUGCGUUCUGUCCAGUUGGACGGGUUGGUCUGGGGGGGCUCCAAGCUCGUGCCUGUUGGCUAUGGAAUCCGGAAGUUGCAGAUCCAGUGUGUGGUGGAAGAUGACAAAGUGGGCACCGACUUGCUAGAAGAGGAGAUCACCAAGUUUGAGGAGCAUGUGCAGAGUGUCGACAUCGCAGCUUUCAACAAGAUCUGAAAAUCGGAGAGUGUGUGGUUCAUGUGUGUGAGGACCUGCUGAGAUUAAAGACUGAGACCCCG